AUGGCUUAUCCUCAGACAAUGAGCCCUCAGACCACUCAUCAACACUAUCGCGACGUGAACUCCGCUUCUUCAUCACCGACAAGCCAGCGGCUCAGGCAACUUACCAAACAACAUUUUGUUGCUGAGCUCUCUCAAUGUCUAUUCGACUUCGUAAUCCAAUUAUUGCCUACCCAAGAAGAGCUGGCAGUAAAAGAAGAUGUCAGAAAGUUGCUCGAACGGCUCAUUAGAACGAUUGAACCGGACAGCCGGUUGUUAUCCUUUGGGAGUACUGCGAAUGGUUUCAGUUUGAGAAAUUCAGAUAUGGACCUAUGUUGCCUCAUCGACUCCGAAGAGCGGUUAGCUGCCUCGGACCUUGUAACGAUGUUAGGAGAUCUACUUGAGCGAGAAACGAAAUUCCAUGUCAAACCGCUACCUCAUGCACGAAUACCUAUCGUUAAAUUGUCUUUGGACCCUUCACCAGGACUCCCACUUGGCAUAGCCUGUGAUAUCGGGUUUGAGAAUAGACUUGCUUUAGAGAACACUCGUCUUCUCAUGUGUUACGCUAUGAUUGAUCCCACAAGAGUACGGACUAUGGUCUUAUUCUUGAAGGUAUGGAGUAAACGGAGGAAAAUCAACUCUCCAUACAAGGGCACACUGUCUUCAUACGGCUACGUGCUGCUUGUGAUAUACUUCCUGGUCCACGUCAAAAAUCCUCCGGUUUUGCCUAAUCUACAACAAAUGCCACCUUUGCGACCUAUUCCCAAAGAAGAAACACAUAUGGGAGGCCACAAUACAUGGUUUUUUGAUGACAUUGACCUCCUUCGCCAACGAUGGCAUUCUGAAAACUCAGAGACCGUUGCAGAAUUAUUGAUCGAUUUUUUCCGAUACUUUUCGCGUGAUUUUGUAUAUAACGGCGGCGUUGCUUCCAUACGUGCAGGACUGCUCAAGAAGGAGAGUAAGGGUUGGCAGAAUGAGGUAUCUGCAUCCCGUUACGAUGCUCGAGAACGGAACCGAUUGUGUAUCGAGGACCCUUUCGAGACGGACUACAAUGUCGCCAGAUGUGUCACGAAGGACGGUCUCUACACUAUCCGCGGAGAAUUCAUGCGUGCAUCGCGGGUAUUGGCCACUCGCCCGGAACGAGCCAUUCUCGCUUUGGCCGACCUUUGCGAUGAGCGGAAAGAUGAAGAUCUAGUCACUGCACCACUUUUUUACGCACCUUCUCGCCAGGUUCCACCACAAACGCCUUACUCCGUGGGAAGUCGGUCAAUGCAGUUGAAUAGUACCCCGAUCAUACCGUCUCCUACGAUAAAGCUACAUGAACCAGGACCCUCACUACCGAGUCAACAAGUACCUAUUCGCCCGCCGCCGGAACAUAUGGCUCCAAAACGAAGUCAGUGGACUAGUCCGCCACCUCCUGAAGCACCUUCCUCAGACCAUACAUUAUAUGAGAGUCAACUGGGGAUGGGGUUGGAGUUAGCGACAGCAGCUACUGAAGCUCGAGAGAAAGAGGAGGCGUAUAAUUCGUCUUCGAGUAGUAGUGAGAUUUUGGAUGAUGAAGACCGCCGCUCAGAUGCAGCGGAAUCUGACGAUGUGACGUCGAUACGUUCCUUCACUGAAGGUACUUCAACAAUCUCCGCUGGUCCUUCUUUUCGUCGACCGUCCUCGGGAUGGCUUACCCAAGCAAGUACCAAUGUGCGAUUAGCUCACGCACAAAUUGAUCUCACAAAUGACCCACCUUCUCGGUUUUCUAAUGCUGCGGCUGCGAGAAGUAGGUUCAAUCUGUUCGACAAACCUGUUGAUAUCCCUUCCUCGCGUCCGAAUGAACCUCCAAAAUCCGAAUUUACGAAGAAGUACUCGUCGGGUCCUGGACGACCUAUAUUAAAAAUCCAUUCCCCUCUAGCCGUGUCUAUUCCUCUUCCUCCUUCCCCUGACCUUACCACAGGGUCUCAGGAAGAACCUGGUACUGUAUUUUACCAAACAAGGUCCCCGCAUUCGACGUUUUCAUACCCAAGCCCUAUUGGAUCUCACUCACCUUUGUCCCCAUACUCAUAUCUCUCUCAACAACAACGCUAUUAUACCACCCCCCACGACAUAUUCCCCGCCAGCCUCCCUACAUUAUCUUCGAAUAAUAUCCGCGAUAGUGCGGUAGAAGUCUCCUACAUAGGAUUGCCCUCCUGUACGACGGGGCAAAUGACACCUACACCUACUUCGGUUUCGGCACAUAAUCAUUCACAUUCUGCUUCCACUAUUACUGCGUCUACGCCUCCACCAACUGUGUCUCGAAUAUCUUCCUCCAACCAAAAUGUACUCUCUAGUCCUUCUGUAACAUCAACACAGUUUCAUCCAGCGCCCUCGGCACGCUCUCAUCCUCUAUCACCCUACGAUCCUCCACCUUCCAGGAAAUUGCCUCCGCCUGGUACACACCCGACUCACGUUUGGACCGCAACUUAUCAAAGUAGUUCGCCGGCCUCAUCGUCCACGGAUCACUCAACGGCUUCCAUAUCCAGAUCUCCAUCCCCCAGGUCAAUAUCUCCCCCUCGUUCAUCUCUUCCCCCAUCCACGCUUUCUGAGGCAAGAAUGGCCAAGCAGGAAAACACCACUCGCUCGGAAGACUUUCGUACAUCAAACAACCUUGAUGCUCUUGUCGAGGUUAGGGACAAUGUAAAUCAACUCCGAUAG